CUCAGAUAGGGUAGAUAACAGACAGGUGCUCGCAAAGAAGGGAGAAACAUCUUAGAAAAUUUGAAACACUAGGCACAAAGAGAUAAAAGACGACCUGGAGUCAGAGGAAACACAAUAUUAUGGAGAUUCAUUUGUGGAAAUUUGUGCUUGUUGUUUGUACUGUACUCUUUAAUGUUACAGGCUCAUUUUCCCAACUAGAUGUGUGUGGUCGGCCACCCUUGAACAACAAGAUUGUGGGUGGUAGCAAUGCCAUUCCCGGUUCUUGGCCUUGGCAGGUCAGCAUUCAGACAAAUAUAAUGCAUUUCUGUGGAGGCAGCCUGAUCAAUGAGCUCUGGGUCUUAACAGCUGCUCACUGUUUCCCAAGCACAAAGGACACCGUCUAUCUAGGGAUGGGAAACCUCGAAGGGCCUUACCCUAAUAUGCAGCAAAGAGGCAUAAGCAGAGUUAUCAUACAUCCGUACUUUAACUCAAUUAACAACAACAAUGACAUUGCACUACUCAAGCUUACUCUCCCAGUGGUUUUUAACAACUAUGUCAUGCCGGUGUGCCUGGCAGCAGCCAACAGUGAUUUUCCCCCUAAAACUGAUGUCUGGGUCACAGGAUGGGGUGACAUCAGGUCUGGUGUGGUUCUACCAUCCCCUAAAACCUUGCAGGAGGUGCAGAUCCCGAUUAUCAGUAACAGUGACUGUGCAAAAUCUUACGGUUCUGAUACCAUCACAGGCAAUAUGAUGUGUGCUGGCCUCACUCAGGGGGGCAAGGACUCAUGCCAGGGGGAUUCUGGAGGUCCACUGGUCUUCAAGCACAACACAACCUGGGUCCAGGCUGGGAUUGUGAGCUUCGGCUAUGACUGCGCUUUACCUAAAAUCCCUGGUGUGUACACCAGAGUGUCUCAGUACCAAAACUGGAUAAAUAGCUAUAUUAACACAAAACAGCCUGGCUUUGUUACAGUCUCAAAUGGUAACCGUGGCUCCCCCAAUCUCUUCUGUCUGUUCCUUCCUAUCUCCAUCAUCUCACUCCUCCUAUCCUAUCCAGAAAGACCUUGAGAUGCAUGCUGUAUUUCCAUUUUACCUAAUUUCAAUUCCAUCUAAUUUAAAGCACUAAUGUAUAUUACGUGACUUUCCACACAGUAUUUCACCUUUUUGCCUGCUCAUGUCUGGAAUACCAUGUAAACUUGAGAUUCAUGUUUGCAGAAUUACAUCCUCCUGGAUGAGGAUUUUAUAUGAAAACAUGUACAGGAGAUCAUGUGCAUAAAUUUGUUUGUCAAAUGUAAAAUAUACUUGGUUUACUCAUUAACAGCAAUUACACUGUAUCACAUCUCAUCUCUAAAAGAUAAAACUUGGGACAGGGAAAUAGUAGAAUGAAAUAGCACCAUAUACUUGCUUAUUCACCCAGCAUAAAACUUUGGAACAAAUGUAAUUUCCCCAUAACUUUUAUUACACAGAAUGAGCCUUGUGUUGCAUAUAAUUUAAAAUCUGAACCAGACAUUACAUCUACUUAUUUAUUUAAAUAAAUAAACAAACACUGGUCUAUAAAACCUCGAGAUUCCUAUGUGAAAUCUAAAAAAUUAUCUAACAGGAUAAGAGAAACAUCACAGCUUUUUCAUGAACCUUAUCUCAAAG